AUCUGGACAGUAUUCCUGUAUGGCUGAAUAUGAGCUGAUGUGGAGCAAAUCUGAAGGAACAUGGAUUGAUGUGGAACAUGCUCCUAAACCUCCCUCGGUGUCGGUGAGUCCGUCUGGUGAGAUCGUGGAGGGAAGCUCAGUGACUCUGACCUGCAGCAGUGAUGCUAACCCAGCAGCUAGCUACAGCUGGUACAGGGGGAACCAAACUCUGUCAGAGGAACAGAACGGCCUUCUUCACUUCACCUCCAUCAGCUAUAAAGACAGAGGAAACUACUACUGCCAGUCCAAGAACCACCAUGGACAGACCAACUCUACGCUACAAUACUUAGAUGUCCAGUAUGCUCCUAAGCUUCUCUCAGUGUCAGUGAGUCCGUCUGGUCUGAUCAUCGAGGGGCAUUCAGUGAAUCUGACCUGCAGCAGUGAUGCUAACCCAGCAGCUAGCUACAGCUGGUACAGGGAGGGUGAAGACACACCAGAAGCAUCUGGACAGACGUUCACCAUCACUGAUAGCAGAAGUGAACACAGUGGGAUGUAUUACUGUGAAGCUCAGAACAGAAGAGGACGUCUUAACUCCACCUUACAUCUGGUCAUUGAGCCAGUGAAACAAAAGCUAGUAGCUGUUGGAAUCCUCCUUGCUGUUUUGCUGCUCGCAGCACCACUUUGUGCCUUCCUGCUCAUACGAAAGUGGAGAACCUCUAAACCACCGUCUCAGCUUGGAGAAGAGCCAGACAACACUGAAAGGCUCCCCUCCACUCACUCGGAGCAGCAGCAGGGGGAUCUUCAAUAUGCCAGCAUUCAUUUUGUGAGACCACGGACGGAUCCCAUCUACUCCAACACCACAGCAGCUGGAACCAGCAGACAAACGCAGCAGGAAGAGGCUGAUGUUGAAUAUGCUGCUGUCAACUUUCGCCAGGCCAGUUCUUCUCCAAAACACUUCCACCAGGAACCUUUGGAAGAUCCAUCUGCAUUGUACAGCACUGUGAAAAAAGGUUCCACAAACUUCAUGUGAAGACUUUAAUCAAGUAAAAACUGCUUAGCUUCGAAAAGUAAUGCCAAGUUCCUGGAGAACUGACUGGAAAACUGAUGUUCUUGCUGUGUUUCUAAAUGUAUCUUUGCUGUAGUACAUUUGUCUCCAACUUGAAC